CAGGAUUUGGUUACGAGACCACGAGGAUGGUCUCUGUCUUUCCAUCAGGGAAUCGAAUCUGUUCGAACGAUCUGCGUAAUCGCGAAUUGAACAACAAAUCAAGAAAGAUAAGGCGUUUGAAACUCGUUCGAAGCAACGGAGAGGAAAGAGAGAAACGAAGCACGGAAGACAGGCGUGGUUCACGAACGAAGAAAGGACCGGGGUCAAGAGAAGGAGGAGGCAGAGCCGUAAGCGAAAGGAAGAAAAAGAAGAAGGGUCGUGGGUAGUACGCUAACUAAGAAGGGGGACGAUAAAAUAGGACAAGAGUUUUAUUCGUCAUAACUUCGAGUAACGGGAAGAGGAGUUCCAACCUCGUAAAAGGAAAAAAAAAAAAAAGCAGAAGAAAGAUCUUGGGAAAUCGGGAGGAUCCCAUACCGAUAAAAAGUCUCCGACGCACGGAGAAGGAUUUGGAGAAAGAUGAACGGUCCACGUGUGCUGCAGCAGAUCGAUGAUGGGUUGCCAGAUAACCAGGAGACCCCAGGUCGUUGCUCCGAAUGGCUUAAUGGACAGACAGACUACGCGAAUUUCUACGACCAGGAUGAACCCACUCUACCACCCUGUCGAUUUACUAGGGGACCACCGAUCCGACCCGUUAACCAGGAUCCAGAUCUUCAGAGAUCUUUUACCGAUCAACCAUUCCCUACAGACUUUGCUACCCUGCCUUAUGAUUCGUCCCUACCUUGCAUGCUACCACCCUUCAACGAGCAGUGUGGUCAAUUUCAAAAUUGUUCAAGAAAUAGAAAAUCAGACCCUGUAGACAUGGAAGAUUUGGCAAUGUACUUCGAGACAGACAAGUCCCAGACGAAUUGUCAGGUUCGAGGUUAUAAGCUGCCUGUCGGUACACAGUUUCGUCGGACCAGACCCACUUAUCAUGAAUAUUCAACGAAGUUGACCAACAGGCAAUUCGAUGACGCCUCGACGAACGAUUUCGCUCGUACGGGUUGGAUCGAUGCGAGAUUCUGUCAGAAUUGUCCCGAUUUGUUUGCUUUUUGCACGGAAGAACGAUGGCUACAGUGUCCCGCGAGCGAUCGUUGCCCCCUCUACAACGACACCGGUUACUACUCGUUCGGCAGGAACAAUGUCCUGCCACCGUGUUUUUACGAGGACCUGCAACAAGAAUACGGGUACAACGAGGACGAACAACUUCUCGAGGAUUAUUUGAGCAACGAGAAGAGGAAGGAAAAGUCUCGUGAUGCUGCACGAUGUCGUCGAAGCAAGGAAACGGACAUUUUCACGGAACUGGCUGCUGCCCUUCCGGUCGCAUCGGACCAAGCAGCCCACCUAGAUAAGGCCAGUGUUAUGAGACUCGCUAUCGCCUAUUUGAAAGUGCGUUCGGUAGUAGAUGCCAUUCCAGCACCAGUGGCUAAGUCAGAGUCGUCGAACGAAAUGGACGAGCUAUUUUCUAAAGCCCUAAACGGGUUCAUGCUGGUGCUGUCCAGCGAUGGGAACAUGAUAUACCUUUCAGAGAACGUUAGCGAUUAUCUUGGCGUUUCUCAGAUGGACAUGAUGGGUCAGAGUGUAUACGAGUACAGUCAUCCCUGCGAUCAUGACGAAUUACGGGAGUGUCUGUCCUCGAGCCCAACGAAAAACAAUGAAAAGCGUGUUUGCAGUUUCUUCCUGCGUCUGAAAUGCACGCUGACCAGUAAAGGAAGGAAGGUGAACCUGAAGAGUGCUUCCUAUAAGGUGAUUCACUGUACCGGUAGAUUGACGUACAGUCGUGACCCUGUAUUGAAUUCGUUGGAGACCGAGGACGAGGAGGAGAAAAGCGAGGACGAGUUGAACGAACGCGACAUGGGAGCUUCCUUGGUGCUUGUAGGAUGUCCCAUACCGCAUCCCAGUAAUAUUGAGAUCCCUCUGGGUCGUCAUACUUUCCUCUCUAAGCACAGUCUCAGCAUGAAGUUCACCUAUGCUGAUGAGAAAUUGGCCGAGUAUUUAGGCUGGAACAGCGAGGAAUUAAUGGGACAGUCUGUUUUCGAGUUCUAUCACGCCCUCGACAAUUUGGCUCUGGAUAAAUCUUUUAAAUCACUGUUCAGCAAGGGUCAAUGCGAAACAGUGGCGUACAGAUUCCUUGGGAAACGCGGUGGAUAUGCAUGGGUCGUAACACAAGCCACCCUCAUACACUGCUCUAAACAACAGAAGCCACUAUCAGUCGUCUGUGUGAACUACAUUCUAAGCGGCGUGGAACGCGAGGAUGAGGUGUACAGCGCGAGGCAGCUCGCAGCACGCGACACCGAGAACGUCGUGAAGCCGGACAAGGUAAACGUCGGCUCGAGCGACGUAGUCGAACCGACCCCGGCGAAGCUUCACCUGCAGCUCCGAGUGAAUAGCAACAAAGUCGAGGAGGCUGUCACAUUCGACAUCGUCGAUCGCGAGCUUUCCGUGACGGUCGAUCAACAACCGGAACUACCGUCGGCUACCUUCGAACCCGCGAAAUCUUUGCCAGUGACCGCCUCGACUUUCCGUCUGGCGGCUAAUAAACCGAAGAAGGGAUCUCCUCAGCUUCAGGACGGCUCGCGGAAGGAUAACACCUUCCCGAGACCGGUCCACGCUACAGAGAAAUCGUUCGUCGGUGUGCAAGCUCUCAAGGACUCGCUCGAGGAAUCGCUGAAGGAGAACAACGAGCCGAAACGGAAGCAGCAGAACCGUCAGCAGCCGACUGGCCGAACUCCGUUCGUGUUCCAGGGUAAACCUGCAGUGGAAUACGAUCCGGAGACAACGGUUCGUCAGGACAGGCCUCAGACCGUGACCAGACACCUGUUCGCGCCGAUCACCGCGCAACAACAACAGCAACAGGAACAGAUACCCUGCAGACCACCGCCGCAAACUGCAACAGCGAGCAUCUUCGCGCCUCGUACCGAGGACAUGAACAAAGGCUUCUUAACUUUCAGCGAGGAUCAUCCAGGCCUAACGAUGUUGAAGGACGAACCGGAGGAUCUGACCCAUCUGGCGCCUACACCUGGUGACGUCUGCGUCCCCCUGGAAGACACCCCAUUCCUCUCCGACAUGCUGGACGAGUUCAUCCUCGCCAACGACAGCUAUUGUCCCCUGCUUAGCCCCGGCGGUGCCCUCGCGCCUGAACUAAGACCCACGGAUUUCGGCGAUCCUUUGAAGGACGCCGACCUGGGGGAUUCGAGGAACAAGAGCCUCGGGGUGUCUCUCGCCGACAGCGACCCGUUUAUGUACGGAGACUCUCCUGGCAGUCCUUGCAGCAUCGAUCCGAACUCGGUUUCGCCUACCCUCUCUAAAUAUCGUCAAAGUCCAGAACGAAGUAUAGACUCGCUAGGAAGCCCAACAGCUGGCAGUGGGGCGGAUGGAUUAUCAGAAGAUGAAAUGUUAAUGUUAGGUUUGAGCGACAGCAUGGCUGACGAUGAAUUAGCACUCCGAGCACCGUACAUCCCGAUGUCCGAUCAGGACGAGGCACUCGACUUGCUGAUCAGUAACAACAUGGUUAUGUGGAGCCCACCACAUACGACGGAUAAAAGUUGUCCAAAAUGGAUGCUAGAUGAAAAAGAACAACGAACGUCCGAUUCCAGUUUAGCACAGCUCUUAAAAACGGACCAAGUUGUUUCCAGAAAGUACAACGACCAUGGAGGGGGCCUGGUUAAUCCGGUUCAGGUUCUCGGUCAAAUACCUCGGAAAAACACAAAUCUAGAUAGCUGUAAUUGGUCCUCCAAGCUGGACAGACCAACGAAACGUAUACACACUGCCUCCUCGAUGGACACGAUAGGCAACGACAAUAAACGUAUCAAAUGCGACGAGUCCACGAAGCGCGGCAGCUUAGUCCUGGAGGAUCAUCUGUUGGGUAAACAGGUUAGCUCGAGGAAGACGCCGAGCGUCACCGACAGUCAGCUUCUUCGACGUUUGGUGUCCCAGCAGCAAACGGCCCUUAGGAGCAACGAUUACUCCAACGAGUCGUUCGACGAUCGACGUAACAAGGACCGGAUGCAAACGGAACCGGAGGUGGACGAGACCGAAGUGGACCGAGGUGGUACCAAAGGCGGCGGGGGAGACAAGUGUCGUCGAAAGGGGAUUGAAAACGGCGACGCGACCUCUAAGCGGAAUCCUCCGGCGUGCAACAGCGUGCUAAUGAAUCUCCUGGUGUCCGGCUGCGACGAAAACUUGAUGGAUUCACGCAACGUGCCAACGCUGUAUCCAAAACAUUUGACAACACCUCUGUCAGUGAACCUGGAGAACCAAAUGGUGCCUCAGUGUCCCGAUUCUGUUGGUUCCACCAUAUCAUCAUCCUUCGACCAAUUAAGUCCAGUCUCGAGUAAACAACUGUCCAACACAUUCAUAAACGGAGGUACCAUUGUUUCACCGUCCUCGCCGAUCAUGUUCGAGAAUUUCGACUAUGAUUCAACACUGUCCAACAGCGGGUUGCUACAAGUGCAGCCAGACCUAUUUGGAACUCUGUUAGAUCGGAAUCUCGUUUAAAAGCGUUCGCUAUGUGCACCGAAGUGAUACAUAGCUCAUCAAAUUAGAUGAAAAAAAAAUAAGGAGAAUAUGAAAAUGGAAAAGAGGAUUGCAAUAUGGUGUGCAAGAUUUUAUAUGUAAGAUUGGUAUUGGUUGCGGGCAAUUAAAAGCUAGAACGACGAUCCUCGAAGAUGAUCGAGGCUUAUGGUAUCGUACAGAGAUAUUGAUAUUUUUUCAUUGGUGAAUUGUGCUACAGUUAGUCGGAGAAGUUUCCGUACACCUCGUGUUAGAGGUUCUUGAAUUUAUUGUAUCAUUUUUGUAAUAUUAUAUUGUCUGAUAAGCCCUGUGACCAGUAACUAUUCUCAUUUUCUCUUUCAUAUUUCUUUUUUCAAACAAAUUCGAAGGGGACGAAAGUAUGAUAUAUGUAAUAUAACCAGUACCGGCUUGGGGGCUCUAAUCCUUUUUAAAUCUAAUUUUUAAAAAAGCAUAAUAAGAAAAUGCACCGUCGUCGAGCUGGAUAAUUUUUAUAAUCACAUAUUUUUCUUACAGUUAACCAUAAUUUUAAUACAAUUGAAUAAUAAAAAUCGUUGCAAUGUAGAGUAGCAAAUUGAAAAUUGAAAAUUAAAAAAAAAAAAAAAGAAUUAUAUAAUUGUAUUUCUGGUAGUAAUGCUGGGAUUGUACAUAUGGUUGAGUAAUCUUGGACGAAGUGUACGGAGACUUUUUUUUUUAUAAGGCUAUAUAAGUCGUGAAUCGUUUUGAGUCGCGAUUUUUCAACGAUCGCGAUUCACACGCGGAAAGUGCCAAUGCAUUUUUUUAGAGAAUUAGUCGUUUAGGAAGAAAGUGUCCCGCUCAUCAGUAGGGACCUAUCAUAAAUGAUCUUGGAUAGAAUUCGUUCAUAAUUCUCUCUGUCUGAUUGAUUCAACAGCGUAGAACGAGUGUACGUUUUACCUAUAAUUUUUGUAAUAUUGUCGAUUAAAAAAUAAUGAACGAUUGUUCGAUAGAAAGAGCUGUUACCGCGAGAGAAAGAAUAAUGAUGAUGUUGAAGGAAACGCGUGACACUCGUUUCUACACUAAUGAUCAAAAAUUGGAAUCCACUUCAUUUCUAAUUGUCUAUUGUUAACGUGUUAAAAACAAUGGAAGCAAUUUGUAAAUUUCUAAAAUUAUAUAGAUUCUAAAUUAGAAAAUCAAAGACAAGUGUGCAAUUCUAAACGAAGUAAAUUUAACAAUCUUUCAUUACAUAUUUGAUAAAAAUGUUGGUUGUAGCGUCAGAAGUCGAUUGUCUCAAAUAUUUUUGAUCAAUAGUGUAUAUAGUUAGUCGUCUGAUAAGACGUUUACGAUGAACAGUUUCGUGAUAAGACCCAUCACGGAGUCGUCGGUAUCGUCGUCGUCGUUGUUACUGUUUUUCUUUUUUCUUUUUUUAUAGUUUUUAACGAGGCCAAUCCGAUAAUAUCAGUUGUUACUACCAUAUAUAAAUAUAUAAAUAUAUAAAUAUAUUAUAUAUAUAUAAAUAUAUAAUUGUAUUAUGAUUAUCAUUCACUGGAACGCUACUAUAAAUGUUAAAAAAUCAUGCAUAAGCAUUAAUAGUUUUUAAUUAUUAAUUACGGCUACUGUAACUAAUUUUAUUGAUUUUAUUAUCGUCCGGACUUUCUUUUUCUCAAACUAUCACAAUCGGAUGGUUUUAUUCCUCAUAAAUCCUGUCUAUAUUACAGUGUUGGUAAUAGAUUGAUAUCAUGAAACAAAAAAUUAUAUAAUAAAGAAAUAAAUGGUCUUUCUAAUGCGCAUUUUAAGAAA